AUGGUGGCAACUGAGGCAGAUUUUGCCACCUUACUCACUUCUUGUAAGGAUCUAUCAAAGGCUCAGCAACUUCACACCCAAAUCACACAUAGCAAUCAUUCAAAUAGCCACUACCUUGCUAAUCUCCUUGUCCAGAUGUAUGGGAACUGUGGGAGCUUGAAAAAGGCAAAGCUAGUUUUUGAUGGAAUCCGCCAGCCAAACAGUUUUUCAUGGAGCAUAAUAUUGACUGCAUAUGCUCAAAAUGGCCAUUUGGAGGAGGCGAGUAAUAUUGCCAAAGAAAUGCCCAGUAAAAAUGUGGUUGCAUGGAAUUCUCUGUUGAAAUCAUAUGUAAAAGCUGGCAAACUCUGCGAAUCGAGAGUAAUUUUCGACAGUAUGCUCUAUAGAAACACAGUGACAUGGACAAUACUAAUAGCUGCAUAUGCCGGAGCGGGGCAAAUGGACGAUGCCGAGGCACUGUUUAAUGCAAUGUCGGACUGGACUGUGGUGACAUGGACGGCCAUGAUGAAAGGAUACGCUCAGAUUGGGUGCAUAUCAAAAGCCAAAGAAUUGUUUGAUUCCAUGAUGGAAAGAAAUGUAGUGACAUGGAAUAUUAUGAUCGCUGCCUAUGUGGAUAAUGGCCUCUUCAAAGAAGCACUGGUUUUGUUUGAAGCAAUGCCAUUUUGGAACACCGUGUCAUGCAAUACGAUAAUGCAAGGUUACAGUCUAGAUGGUUGUUUUGACAAGGCCAAAGAACUAUUGCGUAAAAUGGUAGAGAAAGAUGUUGUUACUUGGAACAUUCUUCUCACGGCAUAUGCCCAACAUGGGCAACUAGAACAAUGCAAGGAAAUCUUCGACCGAAUGACGAGUAGAAGCAUCUUAUCUUGGAAUCUUUUGCUAAUGGCAUACACCAAGGCAUCGCUUUUAAAAGAUGCCGUGGAGAUGUUUGAGAAGAGUAUGCCUUGGAGGAGUCUAGUAUCGUGGUCGAUACUUCUCCAGGGACUUGGAGAGAACUUUCUUUUUGAUGAAGCCAGAAAGGUACUUGACGAUAUGCCUGAGUGGGACAAUGUAUGUUGGACGUCGAUCAUAGGGAUGCUUGGAAAAGGUGGCAAUUUAGAGGAAGCCAUAGCAAUGUUCCAAAAGAUGCCAAGACACUGCCUUGUCUCGUCUACAUGCCUGAUUCAAGCAUAUGCCCAGUUGGGGAAUCUAUCUAAAGCUAAAGAAAUCUUUGAUGAGAUGCCAGAGAGAAAUUUGGUUUCCUACAAUGUCUUGCUGGAAGGGUACGGUAUGGAGCUUGGAAAGGUGGCGGAGGCCAAAAGGCUAUUUGACACCAUGCCCGAACAUUGUGACGUCUCGUGGAAUAUCCUGAUCUACUCGUAUUGCCUCUCUGGGAAUCUCGAAGAUGCCAGGGUCAUGUUUGAGAAGAUGCCGCAGCGCGACAGUGUGUCGUACAACACGCUGGUCCAGGCGUACGGCGCCAGUGGUCAUCUCCUCGACGCAAAGUUGGUGUUCGAUUCCUCGCCCUGGCGAGAUACCGUCUCCUGGAACACAAUGCUUACAGCAUAUUCUCUGAACGGGCAAGAUCUCGAGGCUAAGGAUUUGUUCCAGAGAAUGCCUGCUAGGGAUCUCGCGAGCUGGAUUUCGAUGCUCGCGUGUCUAGCGCGCAGUGGAAAUCGUCGCGAAGCUCUGCGGCUAUUCGAGCGGAUGCCUGAUCGCAGCGUCGCCGCGGUGAAUGCGCUCCUCGCAUCGCCGCAUUCUCAGUCGGAUCACGCGGCGGAGCUCUUGAUCGGGAUGGCGAUGGAAGGAUUCCAACCGGAUGCUGUCACAUUCAUCGCGAUCUUGCAUGCCAGCAGCCACAGCGGAUUGGUGGAUCGGGCUGUCAAGGGUUUCUUGCUCAUGAGCCAAGAACACGGCCUCUCGCCGUGGAGAGAGCACUACUGCUGCAUUGUCGAUGUUCUUGGACGGGCUGGGCAGAUCGACAGCGCCAAGGAGCUCGUGGAAUUUAUGCCGUUUGAGCCGCAGGCCACGGAGCUGGGAUCGCUGCUAGCUGCAUCGAUUCAUAGAAAGGAAUCGAUUGGGGUUGCACGGCGCAUUGUGGAGCUCGAUCGAUGGAAUGCCGGAUCCUACACAGCGCUAGCCAGGUCCUGUAAGGCGCUAGGGUAA